AUGGUUGCUCAGUGUAUAGAGGAAAUUGAAUUUCAGGAGGUCUAUAAGGUCAUAUAUUUCAUCGACGUGAUAGCGCAACAGGCGAAUGCGAUGGCUAUUGAGAAAUCCCUCGCCUCUUCAUUUACACGCAUGCACGAACUUACGAGGCUCGAAACCCUGAAGCUGUCGUUUCCUACGAUGCACCAUCCGUUUUUAGAUCCUCUACGUUUCCAGUGGAUCAUCCUCUCUGCAACAUCAACCCAAUUACCUCUCCCUUCUCUUCCCUCAUUCGACAUUGACGGUCUGAUGGCAUUUUACAACCCCUUUUAUGAUCUCCCUUUGUUUGGGAGCCUCCUCAGCUCACUCACUAGCCUCUCUAUCGGAGCUGCUUUUGAACACUACCUCCGGCAGUACCGCUUUCGAGAUCCGUUCGUCAACUUCUGGGAGCAGGUGAUCCAGCACUGCGUGCUGCGCUCUCUCUCGUCCUUCAUGUCGUUCACGCUUCACAGCGACGAAGAUGUUGGCGUUGUACCUAGGCUCGAUUUUUCGCAGGUGAAUCUCCCCGCACUCAUUACAAAGGAUCAUAUUCAACGAGGAAACGCAUACCGAGGACUUCAUUAUACGCCACAAGGGAACCCUGCGGAGAUUGCGGCGAACGGAGUGCAGAAUUGCGAUAGACGACUGGAUCUAAGAAGCACCUCGUCAUUUUAUGAAUUUGAUGAAUUUGGUGGCCCUGACACUGUCGGCUCUGACGACUCUGAAGACCCUGACGACCUUGACAUGGAAUUAGUCACCUUGGGGGAGCCCAUGAACUAUAUGGCAUCGCAUGUGGAUGCUGGGUACUCGUAUGAGCCCAUUGCCACGCCGCUGCCGUACGACGUUGGUGAUAAGCAGGCUCUUGAGAACCUACUGCUUAUAGUUGGUUUACAGGCAGCAGAAUUGGAGGACAAGCUCCGAGGUAGAGAGUUACGGGCAUGA